AUGCAAAAUUUGUUGACAAAAAUAAUUUUAAAAAAGCAAGCGCGCCCUGUUGCUAACAGAGUUCCAAUCCGGGACAGUUCGACACCGCACAGUUCGAAUUUAUAG